UUAUGUACAAAUAUAUGUCAGACCUAAAUGAAGACUUUAGUGUUCCUAGUGAAGCUAGUAGGCACCCAAUCAGGGCCAUUAGUAUCAACAACAACAUUUUGAUCAUGGAUAAAGGCAAAGCGAGCCUUGGCAGAAUCAACUCAUGAAAGACGGCCAGACCAGUUCACCUUAAGUUGCAUAAUAUGUCAAUGCUUAAGGAUAUGUCUUUCAAUAAUCAAGAAUUUUGAGAAAGAACGAAAGAUGAGGGGCGCUACAAGACGGUAAUCUCUUGUUCCCCGAUCAAAAAACCAAUAAAAGAGGUUUCAUCCUCGAAGGAGUCUAUGAGGUUGCUGCGACAGCAGUCCUCGAGGACUCUAAUGGCAGAUCUCCUUAAAUAAUUUAACUUAUAAUUACAAC